UGAAACCAUGCCGGCCAGCAAGAACCGAGGAUCAACUAAGAAACGCACACACAACCUUGGAGGAUGCUCAACGUGUCGACGCCGACAUGUCAAAUGCGAUCAUGCUCGACCUACCUGCGCCACAUGUCGCAAGGCAGGGCUCGACUGUGGCGGUUAUCCCUCGCAGAUUCGAUGGGCGUCCAUGUCCUACGGGCCGUCAAGGCCGUCUGAACUAUCUGAAGACAAUAGGCCUUCAUCGCAGCCAGGCAAACAAGCCGCUGAAAGUCACGAAGCUGAACAGCGUCCUACUAAGAAACAACAUCUAUCUGUGCCUGAGAUAGCACAAUCCACCAACAGCCCAAACCCCAUUCAACAAGAUGAGGCCAGCAACAUUGUGGUCGAAGACAUGCCCUUUGGCUCGAGUUCGCUUGAUCUUGGGAACAACAGCAUGUCAACGACCGCGACGGUUCAAGACAAUGCGUCGCUAUUGCCCCAAGAACCAGACGUGUUCAACCACUCUUCGGUUGGCUCUAUGUCAGAUCUCGAGUCGCUGUUUGAGUCUUCUAACGGACUGAUCUGGAACGACUUGUUCGACACUACUUUCGACAUGUCCAUGCCUCUUAUUCAUGACCAGCUUCACGAUCAGCCUUAUGGCGAUCCAUUAAGCCUUCUCGCGCACGUUGCGAAUCAGCCUCAAAGCCAUGAUCAUGCGAACCAGACAUUCGACUACCCUUUCACUCCAAACCAGUUCUAUGAAAAGCAGAAUAUAGGUGCGACGAAUAUGCUCUUUGAUUCACAGCCUCCACCGUACGCUCCGAUAGAGCUCGACGAAGCACAGGUACUGCAUGACGCCCAGUACCUACUCCGACACUUUCGAGACAAUGUCAUCCCCCAGUUUGGCCCAUUACCCAUGACCUGCAAGUCGCCCUGGGAGACGCUCAAUUGGAGCAAUGCCGUACAGACUCACGCCGAGUUGACAUGGCUUCAGAGCUCAAAUGUCAAGCAUGCCAACAAAGCGAAUCUAUUCGCGCUUUUGGGUUGCUCUGCUCAUAUGGUUGCUAAGGCAUCACCUUCGUCAAGCGAUUUGGACCCGAUUAGAGGUAUGCAGAUCCUCGAGUACGCUUCCAAGCGAGCCAAGAGACAUAUGCAGGAAUCCUUGAAGCUUGAGACUGCUGGUGACGGCAAGGCAAAGUACAAGGACCAGUUGAUGGCCAUCUUCAGUCUCAUAGUCCUGGCUACCGAGACUGGAAAUGCAGCGGACGCGAGAUGCUACUUGAUCGAUGCCGAGCGCCUCGUAAGACUACGGGGGAUCACGAAGCACAAAGCUUCUCGCAGAGCCCGGCUCCUGCACCAUGUAUACACUUGGCACCGCAUCAUAGGAGAGAGCACGUUCGUUCUGCACGACCACAAGAAUGCUCUGCUACAGGGCAAGAUCGAAAGAACAUUCCGAAAUCAUGCUCCUGCUCCUGUCAUCGGUUCAUGUGGGACCAAUCAAGAUGCCAACACAUCGCAUGAACAUUCGCAGUUAGACGACUUCCUUCGGAUACAGUCCCACGGUACGGACAGCGAGGAUGACAGCGAGGCACACAAGGACAACGAGACUGGACUCCGCGACAUCCAUCUGGAAGACGCUCGUCCUUGGUCCAACACUCUCUACAUGGACAUAUAUGGUAUUCCAGAAAUUUGGCUCAGUUACGUCUCACAGACUACGAGGGUAGCCAAUAUCAUGGAUUAUCUUGACGAGACUUCGGUACAACCGACCAAAACAUUCCAGGAAUGUCUGCAGAGAAAGACCACACAGCUCGAAAAUCGCAUUUGCUCUCUUUCCGCACAGUACAGCAGUCCGGGAGAGUUGUCGCCCCCGCGUGACAACCAGAGUGGAUCUAUGCCUCCAAGGCCAACGAUGGCGAGUCGAGCCAUGAUGCGCGCAAUGACUUCGGCCCUGGUCAUACUGUUCUACCGGAGAAUUCGCAAAGUUCACCCAUUUAUCUUACAAGCUCACGUCAACGACGUUAUUGCAGCCUUGAAGGAUUUCGACCUUGCCCACGAUGUUUGCGACAUCGAGUCGCCUGGAACUCCAUGGCCAGCUUUCAUUGCUGGUUCUGAGGCCAUGUCGGUGACAGCGCGAGAUUGGCUGAUGAGCUGGAUGCAGAAAGGCGCGAUGCAAUCUGCGUGUAAUGGCUUCACCACUUCUCAGCAAGUCAUGCGCGAAGUGUGGGACCAUCGCGACAGGGUCGACAAGAAUUUCGAGAAAGACCCAAACAGUCCGCCUGAGCAGCGGGCAUCUUACAAGAAGAGGAAAGACGUCUACUCCUGGGUUGACGUGUUACGAGAGGGCAACUUCUGGCUCAUGCUAUACUAACAUGGGUGUCGAAAGCAUCUACGAGCGGCAGAGAUAUUCAAGGUUGGCAGCAUAUUAUUGGACUGGCGCUGGUUUCACUACAUACUUUAGCACCGAGAACGGAACAACUUGUGAUGUGUUCGAUACUACAUACACCAUAUUUUACAACUUGGC